AUGGGUCAGAAGCGUCAGCGUGACCAGAAAGGUCCAACUCUGCAUGUCAGAAAGCGAAAGAGGACUGGGAAGCCAACCAAUGUGGCCGAGAGAGAGUCCAAGCCGGAGGUUGUUGUCGGGGUGGACGAUCUCAAUUGGAAGGAGGUAGCGCUGCCUGACCGACUUGAUAACUUUGAGGGUUUCUUUGGACUGGAGGAAAUUGAAGGAGUGGAUAUUGUUCGGCCGCAGGGUAAUGGACAGCUCCGAUUCAAGUCUGCCCCAGGAAAGCCGGGGAAAUCCAUUUUAAAAAAGCCUACGCCGAAAUCAGAAGAAACCGAGUUUGACGAUGAAUGGAAUGGUUUCAGCGACGAGGAUUUAGAGAAAAAGGAGGGCGCCUCGACAGUAAAUGAAGUGGCCAAAGCGGCAGAUGUGAACGGAAAGAAAGGGAAAGAUGCUAAGAAUAAGAAGGAUAUCAAGGCAAAAGAGCCUAAGAAGAAGUUGAAGGAGCAGAAAGAGAAGGACGGAGCCCAGGCAAAGGACCGCAGCAUUACAUCUGGGCUUUCAUUCGCUGCUCUAGAAGACGAAGCAGAUGAUGAUGGCGCGGACAUUUCUGCCUGGGAACCUCUUGGUUUAUCUCCAGAGACCCUCACCAGUUUGUCAAAAUUGAAGUUCAGCACCCCAACCUCAGUUCAGAAGUCAUGCAUACCCCCAAUUCUGGAUGGCCAUGAUGUUAUCGGCAAAGCCUCAACUGGUUCAGGAAAGACCCUGGCCUUUGGCUUACCAAUUUUGGAACAUUAUCUUGAACGCGAGAGAAGAAAGACUAUUGACUCUGAGGAGGAGAAGGAGAAGAUUCCAAUUGCAUUGAUCCUGUCGCCGACCCGAGAGCUCGCGCAUCAGCUCCAGAAGCAUAUUUAUGGUCUCAUCUCGAACGCACCCGGAGUUAAUGCUCGAACCGCGCUUUUGACUGGUGGUCUCUCCGUGCAGAAGCAGCAGAGGCUACUUGAGACGGCUGACAUUGUUAUUGGUACCCCCGGUCGAGUUUGGGAAGUCCUUCGCACAGGACAGGGCCUAAUCCGGAGAAUGCAAGGCAUCAAGUUCCUUGUUAUUGACGAGGCCGAUAGACUUCUGAGUGAAGGUCACUUUAAGGAGGUCGAGGAUAUUCUAAGCUCGCUUGACCGCGUUGAGGAUGGAGGUCCGCCCGAUGAAGAAGACGACUCGUCCGAAGAAAAUGUUGUUCCUGGUGUUGAAAGGCAGACUCUGGUUUUUUCUGCUACUUUUCACCGUGAUUUGCAGCAGAAACUUGCAGGAAAAGGCAAGUGGACGGGCGGAGACAUCAUGAACAAGAAGGAAUCCAUGGAGUACCUCCUGCAGAAGUUGAACUUCAGAGAGGAGAAACCCAAGUUUAUCGACGUCAAUCCUGUCUCACAGAUGGCUGAGGGGCUCAAAGAGGGAAUUGUGGAAUGUCCCGCAAUGGAGAAGGAUCUCUACUUAUACACACUGCUUCUCUACCAUCCCAAACACCGCACCCUAGUCUUCACAAACUCCAUUUCCGCAGUUCGACGCAUAACACAACUUCUUCAAACGCUACAACUUCCUGCCCUGGCUCUCCAUUCAUCAAUGGCCCAAAAGGCCCGUCUACGUUCCGUUGAACGUUUCUCAUCUUCAACCGCGAACCCAGGCACGAUCCUCGUCGCCACUGACGUUGCGGCGCGCGGUCUCGAUAUCAAGGGCAUUGACUUUGUCAUUCACUACCACGCACCGCGCACUGCUGACACCUAUGUCCACCGAUCCGGCCGUACAGCACGUGCGGGCGCCUCCGGAAAGAGCGUUAUUAUCUGCUCUCCAGAGGAGAUGGUUGGAGUGGUCCGUCUAGCCGCCAAAGUCCAUGCCAACAUGGCCAAUGGCAAGAAGCUGCCACUUGAGUCUCUAGAACUGGAUCGCCGUAUCGUUUCGCGAGUCAGGCAACGCGUCGUGCUUGCCGCCCGUAUCACCGACUCCAACAUCGCGAAAGAGAAGAUCACCACAGAGGACAACUGGCUCCGGAAUGCUGCUGAAGACCUCGGUGUCGAGUAUGACAGUGACGAAUUCGACCAGGCCAAGGGAUGGGGUCGCGGGCGUGGUCGUGGACGGCAAGAACGUGACCGACAAGUCGGCAGCACAUCCAAGGCUGAGCUGGCCGGUCUUCGUGCCGAGUUGAAGGAACUCCUAUCCCAGCGGGUGAACCUCGGGGUCAGCGAACGGUAUCUCACUUCCGGGCGGGUUGAUAUUGAGGCGUUGCUACGUGAGGAGGGUAACAACUCUUUUCUGGGCCAGGUUGAUCCCCUGGGUUUCUAA